AAUCACGGCAUCAAUAAACUCUCGCCCAUCUUUCUCUCUCUUCCUCAUCAAAGAAAAGCUUGAAACUCGUCAUUUCCAACCAAAUGAAAAAGCUCUGAUUUUUUUUUUUUUUCCGUCCUUUUGGUCAGUUGGUUUACGAGCAUCAGAGAAUGAUUAAGCAUCGGCAUUGCGCCAGGAUUGAGGAAUCUUCGGAUCGUUUCUGGGUUUCGAGAGGGAGAUCAUGAGAAGCUCGAGCAUGCGUUUAGCGGUUGUUCAUGCCCUUCGGUGGAUGAGAGCUCGUUCUGAUUCCAAUAGGCAACGGGGACGAGAGCUAUCGCGGUGGUGUGUGCUAGCUACGGCUUCGUGUUUCGAGGUUUCAUAGUUCUUUCGAUCGAGCAAUGUGGGCGUGUUGCUGAGGCCUGUUCGCGAUUCGGAAUCGAGGGUCUCUCCGGCGUUUGAAAUCGGACAAAGGGGGCGAGAGUUUUCCGUGUUCAAUGAGUUGGCGAUGAGGUGUGCAGGAGAGGAAUGGAGGUUAGAACGGAGGGCGGUAUUCAGGUGAGGUGCGACAAGCUACCGGCCCCGGUGAUCCCGAGGACGAGGCUGCAGGUUUGGUUCAUAUGGGUAUGCUCCAGCAUCUUGCUGUGGACCUGUUUGGUCCAGCUUGUCACGGUUGGGGAGCUGUGGCGGCCACAUUUCUUCGAGAGGAUAUCGAAUCGGCUGGCACAUUCUGAUCGUCUGCCGCUCGUCAUUGAAGAGACGGUUCGGUCGCCACUGCCAUUGCUUCCCGCAAGGAACUAUACAAGUAAUGGUUUUCUGAAAGUGUCUUGCAAUGGGGGUCUAAAUCAAAUGCGGGCUGCGAUCUGUGACAUGGUGACUAUUGCUCGCCUUUUGAAUCUCACUUUGGUAGUUCCGGAGCUCGAUAAAACAUCUUUUUGGGCUGACCCUAGUAAUUUUGAGGAUAUAUUUGACGUGAGACAUUUCAUCGACUCCCUAAGAGAUGAAGUUCGGAUUGUAAGAAGGCUGCCAAAGCGAUAUCAGCAGAAGUAUGGUUACCAACCCUUGCGAAUGGCCCCUGUUAGCUGGUCAAACGAAAAGUAUUAUUUGCAACAGAUUUUGCCACUAUUUAGCAAGCAUAAGGUGGUACAUUUCAAUAGAACGGAUGCUCGUUUGGCAAAUAAUGGAAUUUCACUAGAUCUUCAGAGGCUCAGAUGUCGAGUCAACUUUCACGCUCUAAAAUUUACUCCUCAGAUCGAGGCUCUGGGGAACAAAUUAGUCCGUCUCCUUCAAGAAAAGGGGUCUUUCAUGGCUUUGCAUCUAAGAUACGAGAUGGAUAUGUUGGCUUUCUCUGGAUGCACCCAUGGUUGUACAGCAGAAGAAGCUGAAGAGCUCAAGCGAAUGAGGUAUGCGUUCCCCUGGUGGAGGGAGAAAGAGAUUGUGGCUGAGGAAAGGAGAUCACAAGGUCUGUGUCCUCUGACUCCGGAAGAGACAUCAUUAGUUUUACAGGCCCUAGGUUUUGACAAAGACACGCAGAUUUACAUUGCAUCUGGAGAGAUCUAUGGAAGCGAACGGAGAUUAGCCGCAUUAAGGGCUGCAUUUCCACAUAUUGUUAAAAAGGAGAUGCUGCUGGAUCCGAAGGAGUUACAGCAGUUCCACAAUCACUCAUCACAAAUGGCGGCUCUAGAUUUUAUGGUAUCAAUAGCCAGCAAUACUUUCAUCCCUACAUAUGAUGGAAAUAUGGCAAAACUUGUGGAAGGUCACCGCAGAUAUCUUGGGUUUAAGAGAACCGUUCUGUUAGAUCGUAAAAGGCUUGUGGUGUUACUGGAUUUGCAUCAGAACGGGACACUUUCGCAGAAAAAUUUUGAAGUUGCUGUACGUUGGGCACAUGAGAAGAAGAUGGGACAGCCAAGUCAUCGUAGAGUUAUUGUCGAUAAGCCCAAGGAGGAGGAUUACUUCUAUGCAAAUCCUCUGGAGUGCCUUUGCCAGCAACCUGACUGAUGAUUUACCCAGCCCGGGCAAGAGGAAAUCCAGUGAAAUCUCUAGUUAAUUGCCGGCGAUGAUAGACUAUCAUCAUCUGAACGCGUUCCAACGCAAUAUGUUCAUGGGCUUGAAAUUCAAGUUGAUCUUUCCAAAAGUUGCAGCGCCCGUACAGCUGCGUUAUUUCUCCUUACAAGGAGAUAGGAAGACUCUCGAAUUUGAUGGACGAGUUACUCCGGCUUCAUCAUCGCAAAUGGCUUUUUGUUUGACCAUGAUAUGCAAAUGCCCGAAAGCCUAAUAAGAAGCGGCAAGCAAAGAAUUCUUGUCUUCCUUUCAGGGCAGCUACAAAGAUAAAAUUUAUCAUUUUUUCUUGUCUAUAGUUAACGAUUGUAAUCUGUUGAGAAGUCACUGAAAAUGAGUGUACAUUUUGCUGUUUCUGUGAUAACACAUAACGAAAGCUUAUUUGGUUCUUGUCUA